AUGUCGGUUUUUUCUUUUCGCACUGGAGCAGGUGCCAAAAGAGGGAUGCCGCACCACACGAAGCGGGCCAUGGCGCAUAGGAUGGCCAAUAAGGAGCGCAUAGCGUGUCAACACGGGCAGCGUUUGGCCGCAGCGCAGCGUAGUAAAAAUAAGCAGAAGUCGCAUGCGCAAAAUGGGCAGUCUCUAGGCCGUGUGCCGUACGUCAGCAUCUACGACGAGGCGGAUCCGUUGGACCGGCAGCUGUUUGACUACAUCAUUGUUGUGGAUGUCGAGGCGACCUGUGAGAGCAACAAUGACAACUAUCAUCACGAAAUCAUCGAGUUCCCUGGGGUCCUAAUUGACGUGCGCCGCGGCAUCGUGGACACACGACGCUCUUUUCGCUCGUACGUGAAGCCGUGGCGCAAUCCUGUGCUCUCAGAAUUCUGCAAAAAAUUGACCGGCAUCUCGCAGGAGGACGUUGAUAACGCGCCCGGCCUUCCGGAGGUGGUGAAGGCCUUUGAGCGAUGGUACCGUGAGACGAUCCCUAUUGGGGCCAAAGUUGCAUUUGCCGCGGACGGCCCAUGGGACUUCAAGAACUUCAUUUACGAGCACUCCAUCCUGCGUGAUCACGUCAGUUUUCCCGGCAUCUUCUACGAAUACCUCGACAUUCGCACGACGUUCGCCCACCACUUCAAUCGUGGCGCGCCGAUCAAGUUGGACGCCAUGCUGCGGCGGAUGCGGCUGCGGUUUGAGGGCCGCCCCCACUGCGGCUUUGACGAUGCAGUAAACAUUGCACGACUGGCUGUGGCAAUGAUGAGGGCCGGCUGCAUCUUCGACUUUCUCAUCGUCAUUCCCAUGGACGACGACUACCACUACCACCUAGACACAUAUCCGCUCUACCGCCGCGAGGAGGGCAGCGGCAGACUGGACCCCGACGUCGUUGACGACAUUGCCAAGAGCUGCUACGGCUUAGAGUAUUUUCGAUUUGGUGAGCGGCAUAAAGCGGAAGUGCUUCGGUACCGCAAGGAGCAUCCCUAUGAAUUCCGUGGUGUGGCCUUGAAGCAAAUUGGAGAACGGUUAAAUCGAGGUAGGCUUGCAAUUCGUUGUCGCUUGGUGGCUCUGUGCAUCCUCCUGAUUGUCGCCGCCGUGAUGCUGCUUAUUCUGGUGUCCACGAGGAUACUGCGUUGGCGGGGACGGCUGCAGUAA